GAUGUCGUCAGAAGAAUCACUAAUUACUUGCCAGCGUAUCUUGCGUUUCUUGAAAAACUCAAAAUGGAAGGAUAUGAAAUUAUUGGAUAUGCAAGAAAAUCUCUUGGUCCUGAGGAUUCCGAUACUAGAGCUAGACUUCUACAGAGCAUGAUUGAUAAACUGAAGGAAAGAUCUUUGACAAGCAAGGUUUUUGUAUCCACAAGUUCCUCUGCAUCGCAAUUGUUUUCUGAACGGGAUAUCCUUAAAGAUAGCGAGGUUCUUCGAAAAUUGGUAGGCGUCGAAGGGACAACGCACGACUUAAUCUCUUAUCUUGGGACAACGGAAAAGGAUAUCUGCCUGGUAUCUCUUGAUUUUGCUGGUCUAUCAACCAAUUCUACUGAUGUACGAAACUUGAUCAGGUGA